CCUGAGGACCGUUCGCUGCCUUGUGGCCCCGCAGCCGAACGGCUCUGGGCAGGGCGUGGGGGGCGGCGUCAGGUACACAGAGCAUCUUGCAGCAGUAAAAGCUAUCGCCUGGUCUCCGCACCAGCACGGACUGCUCGCCUCCGGCGGUGGGACAGCCGACCGCUGCAUACGCUUCUGGAACACGCUCACCGGGCAGCCUCUGCAGUGCAUCGACACCGGGUCGCAAGUGUGCAACCUGGCCUGGUCGAAACACGCCAACGAGCUCGUGAGUACCCACGGAUACUCGCAGAACCAGAUCCUCGUCUGGAAAUACCCCUCGCUAACUCAAGUGGCAAAGCUAACGGGGCACUCGUACCGAGUCUUGUAUCUG